GGUAGCUCACAGCGGGGACUCCGGAGCCCAGAACCCGGCGAGCAGCACCCCGUCCACCCGUCCGCGCCGCCCCCGCCGCCGCCGCCGCCGGCCGCUGUCUGGAGCCCCAGCCUCGCCACCAUGAGAAUCCCGCGGGCGUGCCUGCUCCUCUGCGCUCUGGUCGUGAGCAACUGCGAAGACAGCCAUGAUGUUCAUGCGGAAUCUGGUGCAUCAAACUGUGGCUGUCUGAAUGGAGGCACAUGUGUGUCCUACAAGUACUUCUCCAACAUUCAUCGAUGCAACUGCCCAAAGAAAUUCCAGGGGGAGCACUGUGAGAUAGAUACGUCGGCAACUUGCUACCGGGGAGAUGGUCAUUCUUACCGAGGGAAAGCCAACACCGACUUCAUGGGCCGGCCUUGCCUGGCCUGGAACUCUGCCAAUGUCCUUCUGAAGACGUACCAUGCCCUCAGACCUGAUGCUCUCCAGCUGGGCCUGGGGAAGCACAAUUACUGCAGGAACCCAGACAACCAGAGAAAGCCCUGGUGCUAUGUGCAGGUUGGCCUGAAGCAGCAUAUCCAAGAGUGUAUGGUGAACGACUGCUCUUUAAGAAGAAAUCCUCCUGCCAAAGCAGAGUUUCAGUGUGGUCAGAAGGCUCUGAGGCCGCGCUUUAAGAUUGUCGGGGGAGAAUUCACCAGCAUUGAGAACCAGCCUUGGUUUGCAGCCAUCUAUAGGAAGCACCGCGGAGGUUCUGUCACCUACGUAUGCGGGGGCAGCCUCAUCAGUCCCUGCUGGGUGGUCAGCGCCACACACUGCUUCAUUAAUUACCAAAAGAAGCAGGACUACAUUGUCUACCUGGGUCGGUCAAAGCUUAACUCCAAUACACCGGGGGAGAUGAAGUUCCAGGUGCAAACGCUCAUCUUGCAUGAGGACUACAGCGCUGACACUCUUGCUCACCACAAUGAUAUAGCCUUGCUGAAGAUCAUUUCCGACUCGGGCCAGUGUGCACAGCCAUCCCGGUCCAUACAGACCAUCUGCCUGCCCCCAAUGUAUGGAGAUGCUCGUUUUGGCACAAGCUGUGAGAUCGCUGGCUUUGGAAAGGAGAAUACCUCCGACUAUCUCUAUCCAGAGCAGCUGAAAAUGACUUCUGUGGAACUGAUUUCCCACCGGCAGUGUCAGCAGCCCCACUACUAUGGCUCUGAAGUCACCACCAAAAUGCUGUGUGCUGCUGACCCAGAGUGGAAGUCAGAUUCUUGCCAGGGAGACUCAGGGGGGCCCCUGGUCUGCCCCAUCCAAGACCGCCUGACUCUGACUGGGAUUGUGAGCUGGGGCCGUGAAUGUGCCAUGAAGGACAAGCCGGGUGUCUACACGAGGGUCUCACGCUACCUGUCCUGGAUCCGCACUAACACCGGGGAAGAGAAUGGCCUAGCCCUCUGAAUGGCCUAGCCCUCUGGGGGCCCCAGGGAGCCACGGGAGGAGAGGAGCAUCACCCACUCCCACGCUGACCGUCAUUUUUGCAGUCGCUCCAUCUGCACCAGCCACAUAUAAGGAAGGGACUGAGGAGGAGAGGCUCUGCAGAGGUGGUUUUGCUUGUGCUGCCCACCAGGGUGAGCAACAAUGGCUUUAUCCUCAGAUUCAGGACUGGGUGCUGGAUGCCCAGAUCCCCUCUGGCCAGGAUGGAGGGGUGGUCCUGAUCCAGGAUGGUACUGACCAGUAGUUUGUUUUUUUCUGGAGAUAAAAAUGACAUCUUCUAUGCUUGGGAAGGAGAGGUAGCUCCCCCAACAGAGGACAUUCGUGAGGCCUAUUAUUGGGAAAUGAAUCAUUUCCCCAUUAGGAAGUGCAACAGAACUGAGGUCUCUUGAGGGAGCUUGGCCAAUGUGGGAACAGUGGUUUGGGGAGCAGGGACAUUAAUAACUUGAGGGUAGGGCUCUGACAUUCCAUGAAUGUAUCAGGAAAUAUUAUAUAUGCAUGUGUAUAUUUGCACACUUGUGCUCAGGCUGUGAGGAGUCAGAAUGAGUAAGAGCUGGUGUUCCUGUGUCUAACUAUAAGUCUAGAUAUUUCCCUAAACUGUAUGGACUAUGGUGCCGCAUAGAAUGGCCUGUCAGGAGAGGUCAUGGGUCACUCCUGAGGCCUCUUGGGUCUCGCAUGUGAUGAUGCCUAUGAAUGUAUCAUUCUGGGCAUGGCUCGUGACCAGCAUGAAAACUUCAGUUUCACUAUCACAUAAAUGUCCCUUUCUUGGACACUUAUCCCUUCUGACCUUUCAGCCAAAUGCAUCCAAUCCUCACUGAGUGGGGUGAGGACCACUCCUGUACACUGAAUAUUUAAUUAUAUUCUGCUAUUUUUAUUUAUAUCUAUUUUUAUAAUUUUGAAUAAAGAUGAUUAAUAAAAUGUGA